CCUUCUUUCCCAUCUCUCCCUCCAUAAAAAGUAAAGCCAGGGAGAAGGGAGAGCCAAUCCCACACGCCUGAUUUCCUCCAUUUCCCUCCCUCUUCUCUGAUAUUUGGCACUUGCUCAAUCAAACCAGGUUCAUCACUCUGUUUUAGUAACAUUACUACUGAGAAGGUGCCCACAAAACCCAAUUUCCAUUUGCAUCGUGGUGUCAUUAUAAGUAAGGGAUCCAAAUCCAAAUCCUGCUAGCUACUACUACUGUUGAUGACAGUUUGGCUUCUCCUUCUUAAUUGGCCUACCAAGGAGGCGGCCAUUUGUUCUUCCUUCCUUCAUUAUAUCCCCAACUCCCCUCUUCCCCUGUUCUGCUUGAUUUCCUCCUAACCCAAAAAUAAAAUGGCUGCAUUGGCCAUGGAAAAACCCAGAAUGGCGUUGAAUUGGAUGGGCAGAGUGAUCCACGAGGCAGUGAGCUUCGUCGUCUUCUCGUUCCUCGACCUUCUGGAUUUUGUCCUCUGUUUCGCUUACAAGCUGCUGGAUUUCUUGAUUGAGGCAGAGUGGAAGCCCUGUUACUGUACAUCGGCUAAAGAGGCAAUCACCAGCAGCGGCAAGAUCUUGGUUUCGGAACACGGCGAGUCCAGAAUCGUUUCCCUUACUUCCACGAAGCUCGAGCUUGAAGAGGUCUCCGACACUCUGUUUUCCAGACCUUCCCUCGUUUCCGAAGUUUCCAAGUUCACCGUCAGCGAGGUCGUCAGGAGCGUCUCUCUGCGGCAUUGCGCGGAGUCGACGGUGACGGCGGUGAGAUCCAGCUUCACCGUUAACUCAGCCGUCGUGGAAAUGCUUCAGGGGAAGAUCGGAAGCGGCGGCGGCGAGAGGCAGAGGAUGCGUCCUGCGCCUCGUUGGUCCGACUGCGACUGUAGAUUCUGCACCAGUUGGAGCGCUUCCGGCAGAGAGGAUUUGUUCGUCAGAGUCCAAGGACCAAAAGAUCAUAACAAGGCGAAAGAAGAUGUUCUGUUCAUCCACGGGUUCAUCUCUUCGUCGUCGUUUUGGACGGAGACUCUGUUCCCGAACUUCUCGGCGACGGCGAAAUCGACGUACCGGAUGUUCGCGGUGGAUCUGCUGGGCUUCGGGAGAAGCCCAAAGCCCAGCGAUUCGCUGUACACGGUGAGAGAGCAUCUUGAGAUGAUCGAGCAAUCGGUCCUGGAGGCGCACAAGGUGAAAUCCUUCCACAUUGUGGCUCACUCGCUGGGCUGCAUCCUCGCCCUCGCACUUGCCGUCAAGCACCCCGGUUCCGUCAAGUCCCUCACCCUCCUCGCCCCCCCGUACUUCCCGGUGCCGAAAGGUGUACAGGCGACGCAAUACGUGAUGAGGAAGCUGGCGCCGAGGAGGGUGUGGCCGCCGAUUGCGUUCGGCGCGUCGCUGGCGUGCUGGUACGAGCACAUCACCCGCACGAUUUGCCUGCUCAUCUGCAAGCAGCACCGCCUCUGGGAAUUUCUCACCAAACUAGUCACCAGGAACAGGGUGAGGACUUUCCUGCUGGAAGGUUUCUUCUGCCACACCCACAACGCGGCCUGGCACACCCUCCACAACAUCAUCUGCGGCACCGGCAGCAAGCUUGAUGGCUACCUCGACGAAGUCCGUGACCGGCUCAAAUGCGACGUCAACGUCAUCCACGGCAACGACGACGAGCUCAUCCCGGUGGAGUGCAGCUUCAACGUGCAGCGCAGGGUGCCACGUGCCCGUGUUAAGGUGGUUCACGACAAGGACCACAUCACCAUCAUUGUGGGCCGACAGAAGGCCUUCGCCAGGGAACUCGAGCACAUCUGGAGGCGGGCUUCUUCUUCCUCGUCGUUAUCAUCGUGAGCAUGGUCAACGGAUCUUGACCGACCGGGUUCGAGAUGGUUGUUGUUAAUUAAUUAAUUAAUUAGUCGUAAAAGCAAAAGAUAUAAAUAUUGAUAAAAAAGUUAUUACUUAGUUCAUUUCACCAUAAAAGAGUGUCGGUCCAGUCGAGGUGGGCUGACGAGAGAGAAGCCCAACAACUCCAAGGCCCAGAUUGGCAGGUUUUUUUUUCGUUUUCCUACUACUACUGCUGCUGCUACAUGCCUACAUCAACAAAAACAUAAAUGUGAAGAGAAGUACUACUGGAAAGCUACUGUGUACUUGCUGCUUGAUCUCAUUAGUUAUGAAAUUUUUCUUCCUUUUUUUUAUUACUCUUCCAUAUAUUUAUAGAUAAUACGACUGUGAUUAAUUGAGGGUUGCGAUGGGUUGGCG